AUGGCGUCCAAAGAGUUCUGGAAGCCGUGCUACUCUUUCAUACUCCUCUUGCUUAUACACUAUUACUUGUUCCGGGAUGGCUUUUUCAAGUCGUUCGCUAUGUCCUACAUUGUCUACCUCUUCGUGGGAGGUUGGCGUUAUCAGCGCAUUGUGUUUCUAACGCUCCCACGUGAUCUGCGUGGUUUGCGAUGUUUAAUUAUGAUCAUGUACAACACAUAUUGGGCAAUUCUGACCCGCGAAACGUUUGGAGACAUGUGGAACCGAACAGUCCGCAAACGGGGCCGCGAUCGACCGGCUAUUUACUUCGAAGAUCAAGUGUGGACCUACGAUCAGGUGGACGGUUAUUCGAACAAAGUGGCCAAUCAUCUCAUUCAAGCAGGAUUUAAACGUGGAGAUAAAAUAUUUCUCUUAUUACAUUCCUCUCCUGCCUAUGUGGCGAUAUGGCUUGGAGCUGCCAAGGUCGGUGUAGCUGCGGCUUUAUUAAACUACAAUCUACGACAAGCAUCACUGGAGCAUUGCUUGAAUGCGGUGGACGCGAAAGCGAUUAUCGUGGGGACCACCCUGCGUGAUGCAUUCCUCGAAGUCAAGGGAGACAAGAGAUUCCCAGCCAGUAUGAUCUGGUACACAGAUGAGAAAAGUAGCACUCCAGAUUCCGCACAUGCCAUGACUACUUCAUCUAAGGAAAGUUGGGAUCAGAGGUUGGCUGCUACUCCAUCCACUCCUCCUCCGCCCUUGCCGCGAAUCAACAAUCGAAGAGAGCAUUUGAUUUAUGUGUACACAAGUGGGACCAGUGGUUUUCCGAAAGUCGGAAUGCUUGAAAAUGAAUGUAUUCGUCGUUAG